AUGUCCGGUCUAAAGAUAUUUAGUCGAUUCGUUUUCGUUUCAUGGAUCCUAUUGCAAGUUGGAGGCGUCAAAAUAAUAAAUGAUUCUAGAAUCCAGGUGUUACUUUCGAAUUCGUCAUUUUCCGUCGAUAAGCUGGUCUAUCGGGAGAAGAUUCCAGGAGAGCCAGAUGAAUUGCCGACACCGAGAAUUUGUAAAAAGUUGAUAUCUGAAUGGUUUGAGAAUUUGAGUCAGUUGAAAAAUGGGAGGAAGUGUGAGAAGCCUGAGGAGUGUUUGGAUGCGUUGGAUCAACUCGAUGCAUUCGCCAGAUUUCCGGCACCGGGAUCACCGAACAUUUACGAUGGGUCGUUUCGAAAAUGCAAUGAGUUGAAUGAGAGGGGACGGCACCGGAGAAAAUAUUGCUAUUUGAUACAGACGGAUGAGAAAAUGAAUUGUCGAGAGGAGUACCAUUCGGUUCUGUUCCACCCGAAUAGAACUGCUUUUGGGAUGUGCGGGCCAGAGGAUUGUCAUGGGAAAGAUUAUGCGUCGAUAUUCGGUGGGAUGCAACAAAAACCGUUCCAUUUUAUGAUGGACCGCCCGGUUUGUGCGGUGUUUUGUACUGUGAGAGAGAUACCGAAGAGGAAUAUGUUUUAUGUUUUUACAAGUUUUAUGAUCUUGCUAGUCAGUAUUGUGUUCUUCUCGUCGCUCUAUGACUAUAUCAGAGAUACCAGAUAUCGGUUGAGCUCUGAUACGGAGAAGGUUUUUGGUCAACGUGCGAUCCUCUCCUUUUCCCUCUGGUCCAACAUCGAAUUUUUAUUCCAAGAAAACCGUCAUGGCUACAUCAAGUGUCUGGAUUGUCUCCGCUCGAUCACAUUCACCUGGAUAGUCGGGCAGAAUGUAGUGGGACACUUGGCGUUUUAUGACAAGGAGCUGCGAGCCACUCCAUCUCAAAUUUCUUUAUCUAGCUCUGCCCUGUCAAGUUUGAUUCCCAUCUAUACAUAUAUCUUUAUAUCGGGACUCACGGUGUCCUAUGCGUUUAUUAGGGCAAACCCGUCACCACAGAUAAUCAAACGACCGAUCACUUGGCUGGUUUUCUAUUUUCAUCGAUGGAUAAGAUUGACAUCUGCACUCAUGGUAUUUAUUGGUUUUUUCGAUGCCUACGGAAAGUACAUUCAGGGUCCUUAUGAUGCGCUGACUGGGUAUUCCAUGGUAACCCAGACGGAUCAAUGUACUUACUGGAAGGAUAUAAUCCAUGUGAGCAACUUUGUGGCCGUCGAUGAAAUGUGCUAUCUACCAGCUUGGCAUCUAGCAGUGGAUUUUCAGUUUACCUUAGUCGCCCCAUUGUUUCUGAUAGCGUUCUACUAUUCUGCUAAGAUUGGAACUAGUCUUGCAGUUAUGGCAUCUCUAGCUGGAUCGGGAUUUACUAUUUAUUUCUUCCUCAAGAACAAUAUAUUGCAUUCGGCAUUUACCGGUGAUCAUGUAUUCGAUGACAAGUUAGUCGAACUCAUCCUGUCAAAACCAUGGAAUCAAAUGGCUCCGUAUAUGAUUGGAAUGAUUGUUGGAUAUUUUUUAGCGGAGAAAGCUGGAAGUCGACGGAUCAUUCACCCGGUCGCGUCUGCAAUAAUAUGGGUUAUUGUUUCGGUUUUAGCGGUGUCGGCUUUGAUGUUUGGGAAUGUUGGGACGAGCCAACUCCAACGAGCCAUGGCAAACAUCUUCAGCCGAGCCGUCUGGUGCAUCUGCCUAGCCUGGAUAAUAGUAUCCACGGAAAUGAAGUGGGCGGGGCCUAUCGGACAUUUCAUGGAACACCCCUUCUGGCGACCAUUUGGGAAGUUGUCAUACUGUGCAUUCAUUGUACAUCACAUGGCUGUCUACUUUUUGUUCAAUAUGGAAGAACAGGCGCCGAGAUAUGUCAGCUUUUGGCAUGAGAUUCCGAUGAUAAGACUGAACAAAAUGCUGCUCGACAAAUUCAUUCCUGCAUCGAAAAUUGAGGAUAAAGAAGAUAUCUCGGAAUCUGAGAAAGAAAGCGAAGAAGAUAGUGAUAGUCUUAAAGAAGGAAGUGAAAAAAGUGAGAAAAAUCAGAAAAUCAUACGGAAACCAGUGGACGAAAGGAGUAUAGAAGACCAAGGGGAAAAUGAGAUGUCAGAAGAAUGGAAUGCAAUGGAUGAGCCGCUUCUGGAGAGAGAUUAUUACUGA